GCAUGGAGAUACAUUAUACCUAAGAAGAGUUGGUUUCCUAGUAAAAUUACAAUUACCCCCGUCAAGGGUGUGGUGUCGAACUUCAAAAAUAAUCUCAAUGAAGCCCAACGUCGAAUCCUUCAGAAUACAUGUUUCUCCCACUUCCUGCAAUGCGAGGAAAUUGUUAUCCAAUCUCAGCUGAUACACUACUUUCUGCUGAGACAAGUGCAACAACCUAAUGAGAGUGAGCUGUGGUUCAACAUAGCUGGAAGAUUCGUAAGGUUCUCAAUUUCAGAGUUUUGUUUGGUGACUGGUCUGAGAUAUGUCGGCGAUGCUGACAUAAGUAGGAUGGAGAAGACUCCAUCACGAUUGAAAAAUUUGUAUUUUUCAACGUUGAAAAAUGUUACUCGUGAAAACAUCAAGGACGCAUUUCUUGGUUCUAUUGACAUUCUGGAUGAGGAUGUUUCCAUACUAGGUGCAUUGUAUUUCAUAACAUCUUAUCUACAUCCGAGAGACUACAAGAAGGUUGUGGAUCACUUCUUAUUUGUACUAGUUGAAGAUUUUAGUGCGAUGAACGUGUUUCCAUGGGAUAAGUCGCUGUUUGACACACUAAUUUACAAGACAAUUCCCAAUCUCGAUGGAUACACAGCGAGAAGGAUUUCCAGAGUGUACCCCCGGAUAAUGAACUGGGCGGUUGAUGAUCACCCUUCGGCUGCGAAGCUCGAAGGGCCUGAGUGCUUCUCCAAUCCGGACGUCAUAGACAUUUUCACAGCGCCAUUUGCCCUUGUUAUAUCACAAACCAUGGAAACAUAUUGA